GCUAGACACGAAUUGCAGAAAACAGCUAUUUACAUGGUGGCCGUGUCUCCUACACACCCACGUCCUGUUUGAUAUUAAUCAUAAGAUUGCAACAUCAAACGAUUCCGAAUACUCUGCUUGAAGUCACCAUUUCUGAUGACUCCUCAGGCAAUUCAUUGCUAAUCAAGAGGAUAUUAUGAAACGUGAGUCAGACAGCCUCUGGCUUCCUGGAAGUUCAGGAUCCCUAUAUAUAAAGAGGGAGCUUCCUACUGGAGACACUGGAGCAGCAGAGAGGUGGGGAGCCCUCGGAUUCCUUAAGCUGAGAAGGAAGACAGACGGACGCCAGCAUGCCCAGCCUCCCUCUGCUGCUGCUGCUUCUGCUCUGGAGCUCAGGGGCUCACGGCUUCCCAGCAGGGACUUCAGAAACACAAGAGCGAGAUGUGCAAAUGGUGCAGAAAUACCUGGAAAACUACUACAACCUGAAAAGUGACGGGACGCAAGUUGAAAAGCAGAGAAACCGUAACCCAGUCGUUGAAAAACUAAAGCAAAUGCAAAAAUUCUUUGGGCUGAAAGUGACUGGGAAACCAGAUGCUGAAACGCUGCAGGUGAUGAAGAAGCCCAGAUGUGGGGUGCCUGACGUGGCUCAGUUUGUUCUCACUCAGGGGAACCCUCGGUGGGAGCGCACAAACCUGACCUACAGGAUUGAAAACUACACCCCAGAUAUGGCGAGAGCAGAUGUGGACCACGCCAUUGAGAAGGCCUUUCAACUCUGGAGCAAUGCCUCGCCCCUGACCUUCACCAGGGUCUUUGAGGGUCAAGCGGACAUCAUGAUAUCCUUUGUCAGGGGAGAUCAUCGUGACAAUUCUCCCUUUGACGGACCUGGAGGAAUGCUAGCUCAUGCUUUCCAGCCAGGCCCAGGUCUCGGAGGGGAUGCUCAUUUUGAUGAAGAUGAAAUGUGGACCAACAAUUUCAGAAAUUAUAACCUGUAUCGCGUGGCAGCUCAUGAACUGGGCCAUUCCCUUGGGCUUUCUCAUUCCACUGACAUCGGGGCUUUGAUGUAUCCCAGCUACAUCUUCAGCGGUGACGUUCAGCUGUCUCAGGACGACAUCGAUGGCAUCCAGGCCAUUUACGGACCUUCCCAAAAUCCCACUCAGCCCACUGGCCCACAGACCCCACAAGUGUGUGACAGUAAGCUGACGUUUGAUGCUAUAACCACCAUUCGGGGAGAAGUCAUGUUCCUUAAAGACAGGUUCUACAUGCGCACAAAUUCCUUCUACCCAGAAGUGGAGCUCAAUUUCAUUUCUGUUUUCUGGCCACAACUGCCAAAUGGACUUCAAGCUGCUUACGAGGUGGCUGACAGAGAUGAAGUCCGCUUUUUCAAAGGUAAUAAGUACUGGGCUGUCAGAGGGCAGAAUGUGCUACACGGAUACCCCAAGGACAUCUACAGGUCCUUUGGCUUCCCUAGAAAUGUGAAGAAUAUCGAUGCUGCUGUUUCGGCGGAAGAUACUGGGAAAACGUACUUCUUUGUUGCUAACAAAUGCUGGAGGUAUGAUGAGUAUAAAAGAUCCAUGGAUGCAGGUUAUCCCAAAAUGAUAGCAGAAGAGUUUCCUGGCAUUGGCAACAAAGUUGAUGCUGUCUUCCAGAAAAAUGGAUUUUUCUAUUUCUUUCGUGGAACAAGGCAAUACAAAGUUGAUCCCGGAACGAAGAGAAUUUUGACUCUUCUAAAAGCUAACAGCUGGUUCAACUGCAGAAAAAAUUGACCAACUGUUACCAAGUGAAACAGAAAAAUGUAUUUCACAAGUCGAAGGAAGGUGUUUUCCUGAAGAGCCAUAUAUUUAAGUGAAAUACAGCAAUAUUAAGUAUAAUCUUAUUUAUACCUCAUUCUGUAUGUGUCUUUUUUUAUGAUUUAGAAUGUAAUGUUUUAUGUACUGCUAUAAUUUAGUUCCACAAAUGAGGGCUAAGUAAGGUCAAGUUCAUGGCUUAUGGAUUCAGAUGGGCCAGCUUUGCAAUGAGAGAAACUCUUUUCCAAAAUAUGAGAUUUUGACAUUGAUACUGGAGAGCAGACUCAGUCAUGAACAUUUCCUCUCAAGACAGAAAGAGACAAGAGACAGGAGUCUUCACCAGAGGAAGAGCAUUCAAGGACGUAUGAGCAGCCACUACUGUCAUCCUGAUAUGCAAGGGACAACUUUUGUUCCAAAGUGUUUUAUGUUUGAGAUAAAACCAUCCUUCCCUCUA